AUGCCAUCAACUAACAGAGCAGGCAGCCUGAAAGACCCUGAAAUUGCAGAGCUCUUCUUCAAAGAAGAUCCCGAAAAGCUCUUCACAGAUCUCAGAGAAAUUGGCCAUGGAAGCUUUGGAGCAGUGUAUUUUGCACGAGAUGUGCGUACCAAUGAAGUGGUGGCUAUCAAAAAAAUGUCUUAUAGUGGAAAACAGUCUACUGAGAAAUGGCAGGAUAUUAUUAAAGAAGUCAAGUUUCUACAAAGAAUAAAACAUCCCAACAGUAUAGAAUAUAAAGGCUGCUAUUUACGUGAGCACACAGCAUGGCUUGUAAUGGAAUAUUGUUUAGGAUCUGCUUCAGAUUUACUGGAAGUUCACAAAAAGCCAUUACAAGAAGUGGAAAUAGCAGCAAUUACACAUGGUGCUCUCCAGGGAUUAGCCUACUUGCAUUCGCAUACUAUGAUCCAUAGAGAUAUCAAAGCAGGAAAUAUUCUCCUGACAGAACCAGGCCAGGUGAAACUUGCUGACUUUGGAUCUGCUUCCAUGGCAUCUCCUGCCAAUUCUUUUGUGGGAACGCCAUAUUGGAUGGCCCCGGAAGUAAUUUUAGCCAUGGAUGAAGGACAGUAUGAUGGCAAAGUAGAUGUAUGGUCUCUUGGAAUAACAUGUAUUGAACUAGCGGAAAGAAAGCCUCCUUUAUUUAAUAUGAAUGCAAUGAGUGCCUUAUAUCAUAUAGCCCAAAAUGAAUCCCCUACACUACAGUCUAAUGAAUGGUCUGAUUAUUUUCGCAACUUUGUAGAUUCUUGCCUCCAGAAAAUCCCUCAAGAUCGCCCUACAUCAGAGGAACUUUUAAAGCACAUGUUUGUUCUUCGGGAACGCCCUGAAACAGUGUUAAUAGAUCUCAUUCAAAGGACAAAGGAUGCAGUAAGAGAACUGGACAAUCUGCAAUAUAGAAAAAUGAAGAAACUCCUUUUCCAGGAGGCACAUAAUGGACCAGCAGUAGAAGCACAGGAAGAAGAAGAGGAACAAGAUCAUGGUGUUGGACGGACAGGAACAGUGAAUAGUGUUGGAAGUAAUCAGUCUAUUCCCAGUAUGUCCAUUAGUGCCAGUAGCCAAAGCAGUAGUGUUAACAGUCUUCCAGAUGCCUCGGAUGACAAGAGUGAGCUGGACAUGAUGGAGGGAGAUCAUACAGUGAUGUCUAAUAGUUCUGUCAUCCACUUAAAACCUGAGGAAGAAAAUUACAGAGAAGAGGUAGAUUCUAGAACAAGAGCAUCAGAUCCACAAUCUCCACCCCAAGUAUCUCGUCAUAAACCACACUAUCGUAAUCGAGAACACUUUGCUACUAUUCGGACAGCAUCACUGGUUACAAGGCAAAUGCAAGAACAUGAGCAGGACUCUGAACUUAGAGAGCAGAUGUCUGGCUAUAAGAGAAUGAGGCGACAACAUCAAAAGCAGCUGAUGACUCUAGAAAAUAAGCUAAAGGCUGAGAUGGAUGAACAUCGCCUCAGAUUAGAUAAAGAUCUUGAAACUCAACGUAACAAUUUUGCUGCAGAAAUGGAGAAACUUAUCAAGAAACAUCAGGCUGCUAUGGAAAAAGAGGCUAAAGUGAUGGCCAAUGAGGAGAAAAAAUUCCAGCAACAUAUUCAGGCCCAACAGAAGAAAGAACUGAAUAGCUUUUUGGAGUCCCAGAAGAGAGAAUACAAACUUCGAAAAGAACAGCUUAAGGAGGAACUGAAUGAAAACCAGAGCACUCCAAAAAAAGAAAAACAGGAAUGGCUUUCAAAGCAGAAGGAGAAUAUACAGCAUUUCCAAGCAGAAGAAGAGGCUAAUCUUCUUCGACGUCAGAGACAAUACCUAGAGCUGGAGUGCCGCCGCUUCAAGAGAAGAAUGCUACUUGGACGCCAUAACUUAGAGCAGGAUCUUGUCAGGGAGGAGUUAAAUAAAAGGCAGACCCAAAAGGACUUAGAGCAUGCCAUGCUACUGCGACAACAUGAAUCCAUGCAAGAACUGGAGUUUCGUCACCUCAACACAAUUCAGAAAAUGCGCUGUGAGUUGAUCAGAUUGCAACAUCAAACUGAGCUCACUAACCAGCUGGAAUAUAAUAAGCGAAGAGAACGGGAACUAAGGCGAAAGCAUGUCAUGGAGGUUCGACAGCAGCCUAAGAGCCUGAAGUCUAAAGAACUCCAAAUAAAAAAGCAGUUUCAGGACACCUGCAAAAUCCAAACCAGACAGUACAAAGCAUUAAGAAAUCACCUACUGGAGACUACACCAAAGAGUGAGCACAAAGCUGUUCUGAAACGGCUCAAGGAGGAGCAGACCCGGAAGUUAGCCAUCUUGGCUGAGCAGUAUGACCACAGCAUUAAUGAAAUGCUAUCCACACAAGCCCUGCGUUUAGAUGAAGCACAGGAAGCAGAGUGCCAGGUUUUGAAGAUGCAGCUGCAACAGGAACUGGAGCUGUUGAAUGCAUAUCAGAGCAAAAUCAAGAUGCAAGCUGAGGCACAACACGAUCGAGAGCUUCGGGAGCUUGAACAACGGGUCUCCCUACGAAGGGCACUAUUAGAACAAAAGAUUGAAGAAGAGAUGUUGGCUUUGCAGAAUGAACGCACAGAACGAAUACGAAGCCUGCUGGAGCGUCAAGCCAGAGAAAUUGAAGCUUUUGACUCUGAAAGUAUGAGACUGGGUUUUAGUAACAUGGUCCUUUCUAAUCUCUCCCCUGAGGCAUUCAGCCACAGCUACCCAGGAGCUUCUGGUUGGUCUCACAACCCUACUGGGGGUCCAGGACCUCACUGGGGUCAUCCCAUGGGUGGCCCACCACAAGCUUGGGGCCAUCCGAUGCAAGGUGGACCCCAGCCAUGGGGUCACCCCUCAGGGCCAAUGCAAGGGGUGCCCCGAGGUAGCAGUAUGGGGGUCCGCAAUAGCCCUCAGGCUCUGAGGCGGACAGCUUCUGGGGGACGGACGGAGCAGGGCAUGAGCAGAAGCACGAGUGUCACCUCACAGAUCUCCAAUGGGUCACAUCUGUCUUAUACAUAG